AUGAAGUUAAAAUAUCCAAUUCAACGAAAUAUGGGACCUCCCACUAUAUUGACCAAGCAAGAGGAAUCUUUGCUCAAAACUUCGAUAAUAGCAAUGGCAAAAAAAGGAUUUCCAGUCAAUAAGGAAAUGGUAGUUGACACUGUUAAGAAAAUUAUAACUGACGAGAAUCGACCAAAUCCCUUUAAAGAGAAUACCCCAGGUAGAAAAUGGUUUUCCAGUUUUUUAAAACGACAUCCAGAUGUAGCUGCACGCCAUGCGGAAUCUAUAAACAUUUCUAGAAGUCUGGUAACAGAAACUGCUUUGAAAAAGUGGCAUGCAAAUUUGAAAGAAUACCUAGUCGCUGAAGGCGUAGCUGAUAUCUUAGAAGACCCCGAAAGGAUUAUUAAUGCAGAUGAAUCCGGAUUUCAAACAAGCCCGUCAUCUGGUUUAGUGUUAGGUCCGCGAGGGUAUAAAAAUUUUUACGAAAUAAAAGAAAAAGAGAAGGAGAACAUAACCGUACUAGGAACUUUUGCAGCAUCUGGUACCAUAUUACCACCCUUGAUUAUAUACCCAUAUGCACGAAUACCAUCUGAAAUCGUUAGACAAAUUAAUAAAGAUUGGAGCAUUGGUGAGAUAAAAGUGUAA